GGCAGAGCGACGCUGAGGCGGAGGGUCGGGGGCGUCGCGCGGCGGCGAGCGCGAGCUGUUCCGGCCGGCGCUGGUGCGGAUGCUGGAGGGGCACGUCGAGGAGCUGUCGAGGGGCACCCAAGACGGCGUCGCGAGUGAGCCUCGGGCCUUGCGCGCAGAGCGAUGCAGGCGACGGUGUUCGACCCCGCCCUCGCCCUCGCCGAGGAGGGAGAGCGCGACGCGUCGACGGAGGGCGGCGAGGUCGGCGAGAGUUUUGCCUCCCAAGUCGACCGCAGCACACCCCGUGCCGGAUCGGCUUUUUGGACGACGACGACGGGAAGAACCCGCUGAGCCCGACAACGGCGACACUCUCUAGCUUGUCGCCGACCUCGAUCAACUCGAGUUGAUGCCGCGCGAGGCAGCGCGAGGGCGGCAAGACGCAAUCGACCGCCCGCCAACACCGGCGUUCCACCGCCCGCGCCUCUGGCCGCGGCCCAGGCAGACCUGCUGCGGCUGCCUAGGCCAUAGCUCACAUGCAUGCCCCUGUUACGUGGCGCCGCGAGAGACAGGCUCUAGAGAGCCCCCGCGAUCUCUCCUGCGAUCUCUCCCGUGCAACUAUACAGAGUCGUGCGAUCUCUCCCGGCACGGCGAGGAGGCACCCAAGGCUGUAGCGUGUAGGUACGCGGGCUAGACGGUAAAAAAAACUUGCUAGAAG